AUGUUCGAGUCCGUCACCAAGGCUGUUAAGUGCGCUAGUUUUGCUUGCAAUGCUUAUGCUCAUCCUUCGUGUCUGACUGGUGGGUCCAACACGGCUCCACAAUUCCUGUGCCUCCGCUGCAAGCCCUGCUACUCACCGUUGCCAUCUUCUGAAGGUAUCGGCCUCUCUGCAGACAAGAUCACUCCACAUACUCGACUUUCUGCCCGGACCAUCAUGGAUAAAUCUACUGCUUCUUCGUCAACUUCAACGUCUGCCCAGUUAACCUCCUUAACCGCACUGGUGAAAGAUAUUAUGGAUAAGCUUAAGAAUCAACGUACCGACUUAAGAGAACUUCCUAUCAUAAAGGGCAUUGUGUCUGAGCUUACAGUGACCACGCAGGAUAUGGCCACUUCUGUACAACAGCUGGCACUUGACAUGUCAGCCAUGAGCACUAGAUGCAGUUCUCUUGAGGCAGCUAAUCUUUCCCUGACGGCACGAUGUCAGACUCUCGAGGAGCAUAAUACUGCGUUAGUACAACGUGUAGACUCCCUUGAGGAACGACUUUCUCGGGAUCCCAAACUCUCCUCUGAUGAUGGUGCUGCUCUUAAAGCUCAGGUCGAGCAUAUUAUGCAGCGUAACCUUGACACACAGAUAGUUGUCACAGGGCUUCUUUCUGCUCCUGAUGUUACCGUUGAGAGGACCAUUGUGCUCCUCACUCGCUCUUUGGGCAUUGUCACCAAGUCUGGCGACGUUAUGAAUGCCUUUCGCCUACCACCCAAGGCUGGAGGUGCUCUGCCACUCGUAAUUCGCUUCGCUACUAUUUUCAUUCGGGACUCAUGGAUCGCUCAGAAGAAGAAAAAGCCUGUGCUUUUGGCCUCGGAUAUUGACGCGUCUUUACCGGGUUCUCGUGUGUACCUCAAUGAGCGUCUAUCCUCUGUCAAGCACGAACUUCUCGUCGACACCCGCACCUAUGUGAAGCCUCACCGUCACCUCAGGGUCUGGACACGCCACGGCUCCAUUUACAUUAGGAAGGACGGCGCCACUUCCUCCCUAAAGAUUGAACACCGGGAUGACUUUGCCAAGAUACCGAUAUGA